UCUAUUCUUAAAUGUUUUCCAACCACUCUAUUCUUGCUCUGCCGUGUAGACUUUCAGAUAGUACGUGUCAAAUGGUAAAUAACACGUGGCUUUAGCUUUUGCCAAUUCUUUUGGUUCCGUUUUUGCCAUCUGAGAGCAAUCGCUCGGCUUUUCCAUUCUCUUCUCACUCCUCUUUUGUUCUUCUUCCCUUUCUCUCUCUUUCACAGGCCAGCUAAAGCCGACGAAAAAAGAAAAAAAACAACAAAUAAACAUAUACACCAUCAGAGCUUUUUAGGAAAGCCAUCAACGGUCUGAGUCACCGAUGUAGCGAUGGUUGACGCCAGAAGCGGCCUUCACCCAAGGACAGAUGCAAGAUUCCCUGCUCAGGUUUCACUUUUUCGCAUCUUAAUCUCUCACCAAAUGCCAUGCAAACCAUCGCCAUGGAGUAGAGUCUCUAAGAAUCCAGAUCUAGUCCUACCAGAUACCCCGACAAGUGAAAGGAGAAGUGCUUUAAUGGCUGGUUUACCUAAUAAGGGGAUUCACAUAGCUGAUGAGGGUGAGCUUCCUAGCAAAUUGCCCAACAAACUUAAGCAUUACCCUUCUUUUUGCCGAAAUGGAACUACAAUAACUGUUAAUUCCUUUGCUAUAGUCAUGGCCAAAGAAGAAAGUCACUGCCUAGGUUACUUGGAAGAUUUCUAUGGGAACAAGAAGGGACAGAAAAAAGUUAAAGUGCAGUGGCUUCAACAUUUUCAGGAAGUCCACUGUGUAAUUCCUCAGCUCGAGGUACACCCUAGAGAAGUAUUUAUCACGCCUCAUGUUCAGGUGAUCCAUGUUGAGUGUAUCGAUGGUCCUGCUACAGUUUUGACUCCUAGAGAUUACAACAACAACAUACCAGUAAUUUGACUCCUAGAGAUUACGAGAAAUAUAUCUCUCUUGUCCUGAAAAGUUUGUCCGCUGGUGUCUAUAUGUGCUUUAGGGAGUUCAGAAACAACAAAGUCAUGAAUUGGAUGGUUACUACAAUGAAACAAUAUUUAAGUCAAAGGGUCUAAAGUUGCAUGAAGUAAAAGAUAUAACCCGUGAAGAUCCUUCAGGGCAAGGGCCUAGUCGGUGUAGAAGUGACAGGGAGUAUCCGAAACUGGAGAGUCAGAUAGAAAAAGCUGAACCAACUUGCCCGAAGUUAAAAACAAAAUUGCCAAGCAGAGUACCGGUUGGAAUUCAGAUUGUUGAGCCUCAAUGUAAGCGGUCUUUUGAAUUUGGUGAUAACUUAGAGGUUUUUAGCAAGGAUAGUGGCAUGAGAGGCUGCUGGUUCAGGUGUAAGGUCUUACAGGUAUUACAAAAAUGUCUGAAAAUUCAAUACGAUGACAUCCUGGACUGUGAUGGUCCUGCAAAGCUGGAGGACCUUAAUCGCUGCGACUAUAACUUCAAGUUUAUAUGCAGUAAUAUUUGUAAUUGGACCUUGGAGAACAUAUACAAAAGUAGAAUUAUCACAAAAACUGAAGUCUCCUAGAUGCCAGCAAUGUCACUUGUAGAAUUGUCUGAAAUUAGUUCUUACCUUCAAGAAAAUCAUUACACCAUCACUUUAUUUAGUUUAAGCACAUUGGCAUCUUGCUUCUUCAUGGAGUGUUGAGAAGUUGACGCCAUUUUUUGUCUUUAGGUGCCACAAGGUUGGGAGCCAUCUGACUUCCGAGGUUCCUGGAUUCUAUGAUACUGCACUUGGAUACCUCAGGUAAAGUCGAGCUCAUGAAUGACUUUAUGUCUUUCUUUCCCUUAACUUCAACCCAUUUGUCAUCUAUCCAUAGCUUCAGAGGAAGAACGUGAGGAUUUCACGAGAUUGGACAGAUUACAAAUGGGUUGAAGUUACGGGAAAGAAAGACGUAAAGUCAUUCUAAGCUCGAGUUUACUUGAGGUAUCCAAGUGCAGUAUCAAAGAAUCUAGGAACCGCGGAAGUCAGAUGGCUCCCAAGCUUGUGGCAUCUGAAGACAAAAAAAUGGCGUCAACUUAUCAACACUCGAUGAAGAAGCGAGAUCCCAAUGUGCUUAAACUGAAUAAAGUGAUGGUGUAAUGAUUUUCUUGAAGGUAAGAAGAACUGAUUUUAGACAAUUCUACAAGUGACAUUGCUGGCGUCCAGGAGGCUUCAGUUUUUGUGAUAAUGGUGACAUGCUUUUGGUACUGUGGGUAAAUAUUUUUACUUGUAAGUAACUCUCAACGAUGCCCGAUUUGCCUUUUUCAAUAUAUAGGUCUUUGACAACAAAACAUGGAAAAGGCAACUUACAGAACUUAAGGACUAUACUUACAGAAGUUGGUAUGCUCUUGUAUUGUAGACUUUCUUAUUGGAUAUUUAUAAGAGUGUAGCUUUAUGAAGUUUCCUA